CAGGAAUUUACUUUCUAACGAAUAUCUUCUUCUUCAAUGUAAACAGAUGAAUUAAAAAAAAAGUACAUUCUCUAAAAGAUUCUAGGCUAUGGUCAAUACGGAACUGUAUAUCGAGGUGUAAAUUUGCGCACCAAAGAAACAGUUGCUAUCAAAGAAUUGCGUCAUAGCAAUGCUGAUUAAGGGAUUAAUGUAUAAGCCUUAAGGGAAAUUGAAAUACUUAAAUCCGUAAAAUGUGAACAAAUUGUCGCUUUAAAGGAUUUAGCUUGUGGAUAGAAUAAAACCUACUUAAUUAUGGAAUAUAUGGAAGAAGACUUACUAACUGCCUUAAGAAGAGACACCUUCUCAGAACAAUAAGUCAAACUGAUCAUGUUUCAAGUGCUUUAAGGCUUGGCUUACUUACACAAAUAAGGAAUCGUCCAUAGAGAUAUAAAACCUAACAACAUUUUAUAUAGAAAUUUAGAAAUUAAAAUUUGUGAUUUGGGAAUGGCUCAAAAUUUAAAUAAAUAAAAGCCACAAACAACACGAAUUCAAAAUCAUUCAUACAGGGCUCCGGAAGUGUUCCUUGGUUAAAAAUAUUGCUCUAAGGUUGAUGUUUGGUCUGCAGGAGUGCUAUUUAUUUAAUUGCUCUUUAAAAGCAAUCCUUUUAAAGGACCAUCUGAAGUCGCUAGUUUCAAUCAGAUUCUGAAAUUCUGUGGAACUCCAGUUGAAGAAAACUGGUUGGGAGUGACUUCACUCAAAAACUACUCUACUCUUAUUACUGAAGAUCCAAAAGAAAGAACCCUUCAUACCUUGCUUGAGAAAAAAAUGCCUCCAUUAUUAGUAAACCUAAUUGAUUCAAUGCUUAUUCUUGAUCCUUCUUAGAGAAUAACUGCGUAACAGGCUCUUUUGCAUCCUUAUUUUCAUGGAAUGAAUAUAGAAAGAUGCCUUAAUAAAAUUUAGGCAAGCAGAAAAAAAAUAAAGACUGAAUCAUAAACUUAGACAGAAGUCUUUAACUACCCUAAUGGAAACAAAAUAAUUGUAGUUUCAUAAAUCUCCCAAAAAAGCAAAAAUUGCUUUUGA